AAUCUCAUACUCGAGUAGAUGGUGGGAUAUUUUGUUUUGAGGGACUUUUCAUUGGCAGCGGUUAAACGUCGGGCUACGAUUCCCAUAAGGCUGAAGAAGUUCAAUACAUCAUCUCAAGUUCAGUAAACAAAUCCAUCUUAACCUCAAGUCAAUAUAAAAUACCACAAUUGGAAUGUCUACGCAACAACUAUCACCAAUUCGUAAAGCAUGGUAUAGAUGGAAAUCCCUCCGUUUCCCAUGGCGAAAACGUUUCUUUGUCGGUUCGUCAACACUUUCCCAACAUCGCCACUACACUCCCCCUUUUCUGGCAUACAGUUCAACUAACAUUCUCAGGUCUUGACCUUCAAAGCAAUUCUUUCUGGGAAUUUCGUGACGCUAUAAAUGCCGGCCGCAUGCGCAGAAUAGUUCAAGCGCCACCUUUAACCCAAUAUUCAGAUGUCAGGAUUAGUCCGCAAUGGCAUCAAUGGCUAAGACACACACGGGCUGAUGCGCCAAGUAUAGAAGAAUUACUCGGGGAUGUAGCGAGGCAGGAACGACUGAAGAUUCUCGCUAGACAGGCGGAUGAGAGAUGGAAUGCGAAGGCCAGUUUUUUGGAUAAACCUGCAGCACAACAGGCGUCGCUGGCUACGCAGGUUAGGGAUGGAGGAGCGUUUUCGGUGGUGGAACCAAGGGAAGAUGGGAAAGGUGUAGCGAAUGCUGUGGGAGGAGAGCAUGUGGAGAAAGAGAGAGCAGUUUUUGCGAAGAAGCCAGCUGGGAGUAAAACAUUGCAUGACGGGGAGACCCUACCGAGGGAGGAAAAGAAAUAUCAGGAAGAUCCCUGGAAAAAGGCAAGAGGAGGACCAAGUGAAGAAUGGCAACCUAAGGCUUGGGAUCCGAAUGACAUGCCACUAUCUCGGAGAUAAUCUAUUAAUGUUAUAGUAAUUUUGACGCUCUCCAUCAAGCGGAAGCCAAUCUCGCUCACUUUCUAUUGUCUCUUGUUUUAUGAACAAUG